UCAUAGAAAGAACAAAUGUGUGUAGGCGUCGUGGAAUGUUAUUAAACUCAGAGACGGGUUAUCCCAGAAGUACACGUAGCACGUGCUACGGGCCCCGCGCGUCAGGGGACGCCGCGGUGAUGUGUAGGCCUACUUUUAUUUUUCUCAGGUGACUGUUUAGUCUUGAAACUACCAUGACGACCAUACAGCGUGCUCUGAUCAUCCACGGACUUCUGAUAUCAUGUGGUUACGCGGAGUGGUCGGCCUGGGGGCGAGGUUUGGCUGGCAGGUGUUCUGAACGCUGUAUCAGGGUGGUCAACUUCAGACGGAACUGCACCGACACGACAACAAACAACAACAACCCGUGUCCGGGCAGCGGUCAAAAGAUCAGCCAGGAGGCAUGCGCAGACGAAGACUGUCCUGAAGUGCACGACCAGUGGUCAGCGUGGGAAGAAACCUACACUCACAGGUGUCAGGCCACGUGCCGUCGACUAUUGUGGAUGUCGAGGUGGUGUUUUUCUGGUCGGCUCUCCGACCACGGCGGUCUCGCGUGUGUCGGAAGUCCCGUUAGUGUUCUGGAAGAGGACUGCGACGACGACCUGUGUGACCAUGCACAGGCUGACACCAAUACUUUCGAUAGUGCCGUGUCCGUGAACGGUCAUUGGUCAUCGUGGAGGCAGCUCCGGCCCGGCCCCUGUGAGAAAAAUUGUAGACGGACAGUGGAAUAUGUCCGGACCUGUACCGACCCCCCAUCCAUCGGAAUGGGCAAAGAAUGCGACGGAGCGCCUUAUAGCUUCAGUGUUGAAGACUGUUCAGGAGAUAAGUGUGUUCGAACCAUCGAUAUGAUAUCUGAAAAUGGAACUAAAGUGGAUGGGGCGUGGUCUAGUUGGAGCUACUCGUUCACUGGAUCUGCUUGUCCUUCAUUCUGUAAGCAAGAAGUCCUAGCAACAAGAGUCUGUAACAACCCCCCACCCAGCGGGGGUGGCCGAGCUUGCGAAGGACCUUCGGUUUACAACACCUUUGAAUCUUGCAUUGGAGAUAGCUGUUCUACUCUUAAGAAAACAUUGUCUACCGCCUUUUCACACACUGGCGUCCAGUCUAGCAGUUUUAACGGUUCUAGCGAAGCGACACCCAGACACGUGCACGGCGAGUGGUCAUCUUGGAGGAUGCUGGAACGGACGGACUGCACCAUGGCAUGUGUCCUGCACGUCGUCAUGACCAGACAGUGUUUGCAGCGCGCCCUGUCGGUCAGUCCUUAUUUGUGUGAGGGGCGACAAUCCACUAAGGUGGUCAAGGAGACCUGCAGUUGGUUGAAGUGUGUAAACGGCGUUAAUGGUUCGGUAUCUUCUACGACAAUACGACCUGCAGGCGAAGAGGGCCUGUCUGCGAGCAAAAUCUUUACGAUAUUUGCCGUGGUAGCCUCCGUGUUUGGUCUGGUCCUGCUGUUGACCUGUAUCGGCUUGUUGAGAAUGAGAUAUAUCAAGCAAAAGAGUGAAAAGGCAGAGCAGAGUAUGGAUUUAUAUUCAUGGGAGAACAGCAAACUUUGAAUGAUCUAGGUCACCGUGACCUAUUUUCGUUUUUCACUAGACACUUAUCGCUGGAUAGACUUGAGUAAAACUAUAUCUCUCUGAAGAAGAAGACGAAUAUCUACGUUUCUAAGUCCUGUUUAUAUGUGCUUUUCUGAUGUGAAACAAAUAAACACAUGUCCAGUGUUA